GACGCUAUCGCUUAUAUGUGCGCGCCGCACCGAGGUUCGCGUGCAGUGGAGGGAGCACAGUGGAGGGUGUUCGUCUCGCUGCUACGGGUUCCGGUUAAGCAGCUGGAGGAAUCUGGAAUUAUGAAUCACGCCAGGAAAACAAUAUUUAACGUGUUCGGGGCAGAGCCCCUCUCGUACACCCGCUUCAGCCUGGCCCGGCAGCCGGACGGGGACAGCAGCCACGUGGAGAUGAAGCUCUCCGCCGAGGAAGAGGAAGGCGGAGAAAACGGCGUGAUCGACCACCUCCCCCCCAGGAUCGGCAAAGCCCGAAGCCACCGGCACCUGUGCUGCGCCUGCGGAGGGGCGGCCCUGCUCUUCCUGAUAGGGUUUUUGUUUGGCUACAUAAGUUUCCGUGCCCGGAUGCCACAAGUGGCGACGUGUAGCAACGGGGCCGGGUCCUCGAGCGACGGAAUCUUCCAUUCGUCUGAAUACUCUGAAACCAGCAACAACGCCCCAUCCGAUCCAGUGCUGUACUGGGGUGACUUGAAGAAGUUAUUGGCCGGUCGGCUCGCCAAGGCAAAAUUCCAAGACAAGAUCCGGUCGAUGUCCUCCGGCAGUCACGAAGCUGGCAGUAUACGGGAUGAGGUUCUGGCCAAUGACAUCCACGAACAGUUUGAGUCAUACAAGUUGGACAAAGUCUGGGAUGAUGAGCAUUAUGUCCGUCUCCAAGCCAGUUCUUCAAACGUCGUUUCUUUGGACGAUGCUAGAAACACAAUCCUGGACGCCUCCAGUGCUUUUGUAGCCUACAGUAAAAACGGGGAGAUUUCGGGCAAGCCGGUUUUUGCCAAUUAUGGCCUUAAGGAAGAUUUCAAAGCCCUCCUAGACAAAGGUAUCGUCGUGAAUGGCAUGGUGGUCGUUGUGAGAGCCGGCCGCAUCACUUUUGCCGAGAAGGUUGCCAAUGCCGAGGCACGGGGCGCUCUAGGCGUGUUAAUCUACCCGGAUCCUUUGGACUACAAGAACCUUGGAGAAACGGUGGCCCUGUUUGGACAUGCUCACCUGGGUACCGGGGACCCAUACACCCCUGGAUUUCCUUCCUUCAACCAUACUCAGUUCCCCCCCAUUCAGUCUUCGGCUCUGCCCGGCAUCCCCGUCGCGAGUAUUUCACGCUCAGGCGCACAAAAAUUAAUCAGCGUCCUGGAUGGAUCGGACUGUCCAACCCCAUGGCAAAACACAAUCUUUCGCAAGUGUGCAACCUCUCCGUCGGGAACGAACGUGCGCCUCAGAAUCAACAACCUCCUGGUUGAGAAAAAAAUCCUGAACAUUUUUGGCGUCAUUAAAGGUUUUGUGGAACCAGAUCGCUAUGUCGUGAUCGGAGCUCAGCGCGAUGCCUGGAAAACCGGAACGGUGAAAGCCGCAGUCGGGACGGCCCUGUUGCUGGAGCUGGCCCACACCCUCUCCGAGAUGGUCAAAACCGAUGGCUACAAACCUCACAGGAGCGUCAUCUUUGCCAGUUGGAGCGCCGGCGAAUUCGGAGCUGUCGGUGCCACGGAGUGGCUGGAGGGCUACGCCGCUUCGCUGCACCUGAAGGCGUUUGCUUACAUCAAUCUGGACGCAGCCGUGUCAGGGUCCAGGGCGUUCCGCUUCUCUUCCAGCCCCUUGUUGAAAAAGCUCCUGGAGGAAGCCGUCACAGAGGCCACCUUUUUGCCGCUCAAUCUCCGUGCUGGUUUUGCAGGCCAAGAAGUUCCAUUUCGGGUAGAUGACGCAGCCAGAGCGUUCAUCGCAUGUUCAGGGAUCCCAGCCAUCUCCUUCAGCAUCAACAACGGCCUGGGCACCUAUCCCUACCCCUACUUUGGCACAGCCGAAGACAGUCCAGACAACCUGCUCUCGGCCUUCGGCAACAGCGACAACCUGAUGGAAAACGCCGUCCGCCUGGCUGCCGAAAUUGCCGGCCGGUUGGCCCUCCGCUUGACCCACGACCGGGAACUCUAUCUGGACUACAAGAGCUACGACAGCUGGCUGCACAAUUUUGUGGCCAAACUGCUCCCUUACCAGAAGGAAAUGAAGAAACUGGGUUUGGACAUUCAGUGGCUCUUUCAGGCCCGUGGAGAUUUUACCCGCGCCACAACUGCUCUGACCCAGGAUGUGAAAAACACAGACCUCGACGACCGGGACGCGUCCCGUCUCCUGAAUGACCGGCUUAUGAAAGUGGAGUACCUGUUCCUCUCCCCUUACGUCUCCCCCAAGGAUUCCCCUUUCCGCCACAUCUUCCUGGGCUCCGGGUCCCACACCGUCCAGGCCCUGCUAGAAAACGUCGGCUUCCUCAAGACCAACGCGAGCGCUUUCGACGAAGACCUCUUCCGGAACCAACUUGCCCUCUUGACGUGGACCAUCCAGGGAGCAGCGAACGCCCUCUCGGGCGACGUUUGGGACAUCGACAACGACUUCUGAAGACCUUGAUCCCCCCCUUCCAAAGACUGCCCACCGAUCUCUCCCCUCCCUACCCUCUUUCGCCCAACCCGUUGCACCCUUAACACCUCCCCUUUAGCUUUUCAGCAGAUUGUUUUAGAGGCCCCCCCCCCAAUAAGAUAAGAUGAGGCGUUCAAAAGCGUCUCGGGAGGAGAGAUUUUAAGGCGCAAAUCAGUGACCCUGUCCAGCGUGCAAUCCGCCGGAUUUCUGGGUGGUGUUGUUUUUUUUUUUUUUUAGAAUAAGUGAACCAUCCGCGUCGGGCUGGACAGAGGCGCGCGGAAGCCGUCCACGUUCCAGUUGGCGUUCAAACUCCCGUGAAGCAAAAGGCCUAAAUUGGUAGCACUCAACUGCUUGGGGAAAAAAAAAACGGAGAGCCGAGUUCGAAUCUCCCACCUGAAAAGCCUUUUUCCAUCAUCAGCUCGGGACGUGGAGCCUUCUGCCUUCUGUGUCCAGUUCCCCUCCGGCUGCUUAACUCGGGGGGGGGGGGGGAUGAGGCCGACCAGGAUGGGUCCUGGCGGCACGAUUUAGGAAUUAGCAACGGGAAGCCCUUUUUGGGGGGGGGGAGCCGUGUUGUGUUUGUCUUCUUGCUUUGUGGCCCGCCGGGAAAAACACCCACAGAGUCUUUCCGUGUCGGUCGCACUGGGAGGGUCGGGUUCAGCCGGACUCGGCCCUUGAAGAUAUUUAUUAGUUAUUUAUUUAUCAGUGACAGUGUUCACUAUAAAUGCUAUUUGUGUUCUACCGAAUAUAAUUAUCGGAAGCAGUGACUUCCAUAAUUAUGACAGUUAUACUGUCGUUUUUUUGAUACAGUUAAUAAAAAGCAGCAUCUGCUAACCGUGAGGAAACUGGAGAUUGGGGCCCUUGGGGCCUCCUAUGGCCGGCCUGCAGGAUCGGCGGUCGAAACAUCUGGAAAUAAUCAUCAUCAUAAUAAUAAUAAUAAAAAAGUUUUAGAAAAGGGGAACCGGAUUUCUCUCUGCUGCAGCGUGGCAGAAGCUCACCUGCGUGGAGAGGGUCUGCAGCCGUUGCCUCUUUCUGGCACCCAGGAAGGGGUAGGAAGAACACCCCUGCACCCUCCAGAUGUCACACUUGGAGCAGCUGUGCCACAGCUUUACAUUCUGGCCACCGGCAUGUGCCCGUUUGGACACCCACGUUGGUGUCGAUCCCUCUGAAUUGUUGCUCAGCUCUGCACAAGAGGCAGUUGGGAUCUUGCGCACUAGAUUACUGCCGGUCCAGAAGUGACCAGCAACUGCAGACCCCCCUUCCCUUCCCCACCUGGACUUCAACUCAGCCCCCCGCCCUUUCCCGCCGAGGGCUUGUCACCAACUGCAGAAAACCCUCCAGUCCUGCAAGGGAGGGGGGGUGAACGACGACCCCAAUCUCCAGUCCCGCAAAGUUAUUGUUGAGUCCCAUUAUCGGGGGCAGGGUCUCCCAUAAUGUCCAAGAACAAGGUAGCUUUUGCCUACCAGAGUGUUAUAUCGGAGGCAGUGACCUCCAUUGCACUACGGGUGUGUAUAAUUAUCGGGGACAGUGUUCCCCAUAAUUUGUUUUUUUUAAAUCCCCACGCUUGUCGCCAGCAGAGCGUGGUCGUUAGUAUCUAACAAUGAAUUAAUCGAACCUGGUACACUUGUCUCUUGUCUGUCUCUGGGCUGGCUGGGAGGGAGGACCUGUUUUUGGGGGGGGGGGGUUGAUCGUAGCUGAGCCUGGCUUAGCCAGGUUUCUCCUGCUCACCCCCCCCCCAGUGCCCGGCAGAUGCCCACAGCUCAGUUGCUCUGGCUUAGCCCCUCUUUUGCCCUGAAAUGGCCACUUCUCUCUUGACCAGGAAUCCUGGCUUGUUUUCCAAACGGCUGGAAGGCCUGCCAGACAAAGCUAGACCCUCUUCUAGCUUUGCUGCGGGCUCAAAAAAAGCCCACCGGUGCAUUUCUUAAGGGCAUGGACAAGCCUGGGCUUUUUCCAAAUCUUCAUAAAUGUCUUUUUUUUCUUCUCUCUUUCUCUUGUUUGAUAAGCUUCUAGUGAUUUCAGCAAGUGGUCUGGGUGAAUGUAUGUACGGGAAUCGCUUGUGAUUAGAGGAAUGUUCUGAGCAAGUUGGGAAUGGGCCAGGAAGAACUUGGAAAGCCAGUGAGAGGUGCCGUGUGGUUGUUGUUCCCACCUCUUGUAGCCUAAACCUCUGAUCAAAAUAACCCGUGACUUUGAAGUGACAUUUACUUGCCCUGGCUUCCCCAAAAUUAUCGCUGCUUUUGUUUUCUGCUGCUUGCGGGGAGGGCAAAACAACACAAUCGCAUUUAUACACCGAAGACUGACUUGAGGGGGAGAAUUCCAGCCGUGCUUAACUCUAAAUACCUUGGGGAUUUUUGGCCAGCCGGAAAGAUGACGGUGGCUCCCCGCUUUUAAUCCGUCUCUGGGUGUCAGUCAUUCGGUUCAAAUCAAAGGCUGUUUCCUUUCAGAGCUUCUCGUUUGCCUGGAAAAAAAAAAGUUGGCUUGGUAAGCUUCCCGUGCGAGGUUUCCUUCUCUGCAUUUCAUAAAGCAUGGCGUCUCCUUUGUGUGUUGUUUCCAUAGCACUGCAUGCAUCCUGGGUGCGUAAAAAAAAAGCACUCAAUGUAGUUGUGAAAAAUUACAGGUGUUGUCCGUUCAUCCUGAUCGGCUGCAACUUUCUCUAGCGUUAGAGACCGCUGUCUUGAUGGCAAUCACUGUUUGAAAAAGUGCAAAACCCUUCAUUAAAAAGAAAAAGAACCACAACUGGCA